GGCAUUCGGGCGGGUGGCCUCUCUCCCUCCCCGACCUCACACGCGCGAACCCCGCGAAGCCGCCUCGCCCUCGCCUCGCUCCCUCCGCCGCGCCGCCUAGGGUUUCCACCGCCCGGGAUGCGCGUGCGCCCGCGCCGGUAGGUCUCCCCCAUCCCCCCACCCCCUUCUCCCCGUCGCAGCAGCAGCAGCCAUGUCGCUCCUGCGGCGCCGGAAGCAGCAGCCGCCGCCGCCGCCGGGGCCGUCACCCGCGCAGGACGAUGAGGGCAGCAAUGGCUCCGACCACGACGAGAAGGGGAAGAAGCCGUCGUCCUCGUCCUCCUCAGCGGCGGCGGGUGCUCCCCCGCCGCCGCCGGGGCCGCCGUCCAAGGACGCGACGAAGCGGACGAAGGCCAAGUGGUCGUGCGUGGACAGCUGCUGCUGGCUGGUGGGGUGCGUGUGCUCCGCGUGGUGGCUGCUGCUCUUCCUCUACAACGCGAUGCCGGCGUCGUUCCCGCAGUACGUCACGGAGGCGAUCACGGGGCCGCUCCCGGACCCGCCCGGGGUCAAGCUGCAGAAGGAGGGGCUGCGCGCCAAGCACCCCGUCGUGUUCGUGCCGGGCAUCGUCACCGGCGGCCUCGAGCUCUGGGAGGGGCACCACUGCGCCGAGGGGCUCUUCCGCAAGCGCCUCUGGGGCGGCACAUUCGGCGACGUGUACAAGAGGCCUUUAUGCUGGGUUGAACAUAUGUCACUGGACAAUGAAACCGGAUUAGACAAACCGGGAAUAAGAGUUCGGCCUGUCACAGGCCUAGUGGCAGCAGACUAUUUUGUUCCUGGAUAUUUUGUUUGGGCUGUCUUGAUUGCAAAUUUAGCUCGUAUUGGAUAUGAAGAAAAGACUAUGUACAUGGCUGCAUAUGAUUGGAGGUUAUCUUUCCAGAACACUGAGGUUCGUGAUCAAACUCUGAGCAGGAUAAAAAGUAACAUUGAACUCCUGGUAGCGACUAAUGGUGGAAAUAGGGUUGUGGUGAUCCCACAUUCUAUGGGGGUUCUCUAUUUUCUGCAUUUUAUGAAGUGGGUUGAGGCUCCUCCUCCCAUGGGUGGUGGUGGUGGUCCAAAUUGGUGUGCAAAGCACAUCAAAGCUGUAAUGAAUAUUGGUGGACCUUUCUUAGGAGUUCCUAAGGCUGUUGCUGGUCUUUUCUCGUCUGAAGCUAAAGAUGUUGCUGUUGCAAGAGCUAUUGCACCAGAAGUCCUAGACUCUGACUUCCUUGGACUUCAGACCUUACGCCAUUUGAUGCGUAUGACUCGGACAUGGGAUUCAACAAUGUCAAUGAUUCCUAAGGGUGGUGACACUAUUUGGGGAGAUUUGAAUUGGUCUCCAGAAGAUGGUUUUGAGUGUAAAGCUAAGAAUCAGAAAACCAAUGAUUCUGAGGUUUCUAAGAAUGUUAACGGGCAAAACGAAGUUCAUCCAGAGCCUGUUAACUAUGGAAGAAUUGUCUCUUUUGGUAAAGAUGUAGCAGAAGCUCUAUCUUCAGAAAUUGAGCAGAUAGAAUUUCGCGAUGCUGUCAAAGGUAAUAAUAUUGCCCAUUCCAACACAUCAUGCCGGGAUAUAUGGACAGAGUACCAUGAAUUAGGAUGGGGUGGAAUAAAGGCAGUUGCAGACUACAAAGUUUACACUGCUGGUUCCAUUAUAGACCUUCUUCGCUUUGUUGCUCCAAGGAUGAUGCAGCGUGGAAGUGUUCACUUCUCAUAUGGGAUUGCUGACAACUUGGAUGAUCCAAAGUACGGCCACUACAAAUACUGGUCAAACCCCUUGGAGACAAAAUUACCGAAUGCACCUGAAAUGGAAAUAUUUUCAAUGUAUGGAGUUGGCAUUCCAACAGAGAGAGCAUAUGUCUAUAAAUUAGCCCCGCAAGCAGAAUGUUAUAUACCUUUUCAGAUAGACACUUCAGCGGAGGGUGGCGACGAGAAUAGCUGUCUGAAAGGCGGGGUUUACCUGGCUAAUGGUGAUGAGACCGUACCGGUUCUUAGUGCAGGAUAUAUGUGCGCAAAAGGCUGGCGAGGAAAAACACGCUUCAACCCUUCUGGCAGCAAGACGUACGUGAGAGAAUAUAGUCAUUCUCCACCUUCAAAUCUCCUGGAAGGCAGGGGAACCCAGAGUGGUGCGCACGUUGAUAUCAUGGGCAAUUUUGCUUUGAUCGAGGAUAUUAUCAGGAUUGCUGCUGGGGCAACUGGUGAAGAACUUGGCGGUGACCAGGUUUAUUCUGAUAUAUUCAAAUGGUCUGAUAGGAUUAAAUUGAAAUUAUAAAAAAGCAUGGGAGUUUUGUAGAAGCAUUAUUUGUUUCAUGGCUAAAAUUUUUUGAGUUUUGAAUCGACAUUGUAAUGUAUUUUUUUUUCAUUCAGUAGAAGCUGACGCAAUUUGUAUGAUCUUGUGAUUUGGACGGCAUUGUAUAUUAACAAUGUACAGAUGUAUUCAUGGCAAUCCUGUUACCACUUGUAGAGUUUAUUUUUCUUCGAA